AUGCCGCCGCUGAUGCUGGUCGUGGGCGUGCUGGCCGGCAUGCUUGGGCAGGGCGGCGGCGCGUUUGUGUUUCCUAUGCUGGUGGCCGACGGGCUGCACCCCCAGGUCGUCGCGGCCACGUCUAAGCUGGUGCUGACCGUCUCGAUGUGCGGCACAGCCCUCUCGUUCCUAAUCUCGGGCCGCCUGCACGUCCAGAUCGCGCUGGCCUACGCAGCUGUGAACGUGGCCGUCACGCCCUUCGGCAUCUGGGCGAUGGACAAGGUGGUGCGCCGCACCGGCCACCCGUCCCUGCUGACCGCACUGUCCCUCGUGCGGUUCGUGGCGAGCGUGGCCCUGCAGGCCGCGCUGGUGGCGGUGCCCGCGUUUGUCUCGCUCGCGCGCGACCGGCCGCCGCUGGCCGGCUUCCAUCCCGAGGCGCUCUGCGGCGCGCCGGCACGCGGGGCGUGA